UCAGGUCAUCAUUAGGCUCGCGGUGACGUUUAUGGCGCCAGAAAUCAAGAGGAAAGCGGGGUGUUAUUUUAUAGGCAUAUCUCCGUCUUCGAAUCGGUUGGAUUUCCUGAUAUGGUUCUGAUCGGUUUUUUUCCCUCAUGUGAAUGAGCUGGUUUAGAUCGUAAAAGGAUAAAAGAUGGUGAUGCUACGCAGAAGUAGUUCGGGCGCUGAGGCGCUGAAGCGGGACUCGGACAUGGACACGAGCUCCGAGUUUCUGUCGCUGCGGCGCGCGCAGAAAAAGUCCGCGCGCGUGCAGAAGGGCCUGGGUGACAGCUGCAGCAGCGUCGAGCACAGCCCCACUAACGGCUAUUUGUCUGCUAAAGAAAUCGACAGCAUGGGGAAAGGCGGCAUAAAGACCAGAGCCAAAACAGACAAACAUGCUGUUUCUUUCGCUGAUGUGAUUAACAAACCGAACGGAUCUCCCCAAAAGGAUGAGAAAGGCAUGAAGCAUUUAAGGAAAUCUCCCAGAUUGCAGAAAGACGAGAAGUCCGGUGACGAGAUCAACGCUGAAGAUGAGACAGCAGCCUCAAAAAAUCUCCGAGCGCGAUUACGAGAGAGAAAGGUGGACUGCACUGUGAGACGCAGCUCCAGAAUCACAAGAUACAAGUUUAACGCCCGGGAUCAGUCUGUCCUCUAUGACCGGCUCAUUACAAACACUGCAGAAGCUGUUCUCCAGAAAAUGGAUGACAUGCAGAAAAUGCGCCGAAGGCUUGGUAGCAGAGACUCUAAAAAGGAGGAGCUUAGAAUGUAUUCUGGAUCCAAGAGGAAGAGAACCACGAGGUCCUCUGAGAGAACAGACGAGGAGAGCGCCGAUGAGCAAGAGAACGGCCAUGACGAAUACACUGAUCAAGAGGACGAAAAUGAAGAUGGAGAAGGCACCGGAGAAGAAGAAGAAGAAGAAGAAGAGGAGGAGGAGGAGGAGGAAGACCAUGACGAAGGUGACGACGACGAUGAGGAAGAGGACAAUCAGAAACGCUACGAGUUCAGACAGAGAAAAGCUGUUGUACGCUACCAAGCUCCUCUCGAGGAGCCGAGGAAGCAGAGUAUAUUUUUCCACAGACACUCAACCCCAACCAGACGGAGGUAUUCCUUCAGCACCACCGGGCCAUGCAGUCCAUACAACAGACACAGAAGUAGCAGACGGAGACAUGCCAUUCACAGUAGCGACUCAACCUCCUCAUCUUCAUCUGAUGAAGAGAAAUUUGAAAGGCGGAGGAGUAAGAGUCGGAACAGGUCAACAAACAGAUGCCUACCAAUGAACUUCCGGAAAGAGGAUCUCUUGGGAAUCCACAAGGACCGUAUUAAGAUCGGAGCCAGUCUUGCAGAUGUUGAUCCAAUGCAGAUUGACCAGACGGUGCGCUUUGACAGUAUCGGGGGAUUGAACAGACACAUCGCUGCUCUAAAGGAAAUGGUGGUCUUUCCUUUACUGUACCCUGAAGUAUUUGAGCGGUUUAAGAUUCAGCCUCCAAGAGGUUGUCUAUUCUACGGUCCUCCGGGCACUGGGAAGACUCUGGUGGCACGAGCACUGGCCAAUGAGUGCAGUCAGGGGGAGAAGAAGGUGUCCUUCUUUAUGCGGAAAGGAGCCGACUGUCUCAGCAAAUGGGUGGGAGAAUCGGAAAGACAGCUCCGACUCCUUUUCGACCAGGCAUAUCAGAUGCGUCCGUCUAUUAUAUUCUUUGAUGAAAUCGAUGGGAUUGCACCCGUUCGUUCUAGUAGACAAGACCAGAUCCACAGCUCCAUCGUGUCCACUCUGCUGGCUUUAAUGGACGGUCUGGACAGUCGUGGUGAGGUGGUCGUAAUUGGAGCCACUAACCGACUGGACUCCAUAGAUCCUGCUCUCAGACGGCCCGGACGCUUCGACAGGGAGUUCCUGUUCAGCCUUCCUGACAGAGAGGCUCGUAAAGACAUUUUAAAGAUCCACACACGACAGUGGGAUCCGCAGCCGUCGGAUGCGUUCCUGGAGGAACUGGCUGACAAGUGUGUUGGUUACUGCGGCGCAGACAUCAAAGCAGUGUGUGCAGAAGCAGCCCUCUGUGCCCUGCGCCGUCGCUACCCCCAGAUCUAUACCUCCUCACAAAAACUCCUUUUGGAUGUCGCGUCUAUCAGCGUGGAAGGCCGUGACUUCCUGUCCGCCAUGAGGAAGAUUGUGCCAGCGUCUCAAAGGGCCGUGGCGUCCCCAGCCAAAGCCCUGACCCCUGUCGUUCAGCCCCUGCUGGCUAACACACUCUGCAAUGCCAUGAAGGCCCUGCAGAAGGUUUUCCCUCAUGUGGAGCAGGGCAUAAAAAAGAUGAAAAAGGACAACAAUGUGGGAGGUGUUUUAGAUGACUUGCUGCACAGUGAAGAUGAGGCAUCCUCUAUGUGCACUAGUAAUCCUGCCCAGACUAAUACAGGCCCAACCGGCUCCUUUCUCCAUUUUACCAAGAGUGCUGUCCAAGAGCCAACCACGUUCAGGCCCCGGCUGCUGCUCUGUGGGAAUCCGGGCUCAGGGCAGAGCACACACCUGGCCCCUGCAAUGCUGCAUACCUUGGAGAAGUUUACUGUCUACACACUGGACAUGGCGGUGCUUUUCGGGGUCAGCACUACCAGCCCGGAGGAGGCUUGUGCACAGCUGUUCUGUGAGGCUAAGAGAACGGCCCCCAGCAUCCUGUACAUACCACACAUGCAACGCUGGUGGGACACGGUGAGCUCUGCACUCAGAGCCACCUUCCUCAGCCUCCUGCAGGACAUCCCCUCCUUCUCGCCCAUCCUCCUCCUCGCCACAUGCAGCCUGCCAUAUCACAGCCUCUACACAGAGGUGCAGGAUCUGUUUCGUAUGGAGUAUGGGGAGGUGUUCAACGUCCCGCUUCCCUCCAAAGGGCAGAGGCUGAAGUUCUUUGAGGAUCUCAUUGUGAUCCAAGCUGCCAAAGCUCCUCCAUCUAAAAAAGAAACAGUUCUUCAGGCUCUGGAAGUUCUUCCAGUGGCCCCUCCACCUCCCCCACGCCAGCUAUCGGAGGAAGAGCAGCAGAAAUUAGAGGAACAGGAAGAGAACACGCUCAGGGAACUCCGCCUCUUCUUACGUGAUGUCACCAACAGACUCGCUCAGGACAAGCGCUUCAAGGCUUUCACAAAGCCAGUGGACACAGAGGAGGUUCCUGAUUACACUACAGUCAUUAAGCAGCCCAUGGACCUGUCCACAGUCCUCUCCAAAAUCGACCUGCAUAAAUACGUCACUGUUAAAGACUAUCUUCAUGAUGUGGACCUGAUCUGGAAGAAUGCUUUGGAGUAUAAUCCAGACACCGAUCCCUCAGAUCGCUUGAUCAGACAUCGUGCCUGCACGCUCAAGGACACUGUUCAUGCCAUCAUCAAAGAUGAACUAGAUGAAAACUUUGAAAAGAUCUGUGUUGAGAUCAAGGAGUCCCGCAUGAAACGAGGUUGUACAUCAUCCAGGUUCACACCUUCAUAUUACCAUGUUCUGCCAAAAGUCCACGCAACAUCCGAGCCAAAGACUAAUGAAAGUACCGCUUCCAAAGAUGUAGCCCCUGUUAAUACAACAACAGUGACCACACCAAAACAGCCAGUUACACAGAAGAAAAGGAGGCGCAGGAGGCUUUGGAGCAAUGGGCUUAUGAGCCGUAAAAAGCCUACACCUUCGCACACUAAAGACACAAACGGAGUCGAGUCAGACGAAGGAGAAGACGAGGAAGAAGACGAAGAAGAGGGAAAAGUAGCAGAGAGAGAGGAAGCAGAGCAGGAAGUAAACGAGUCUGAACCGAUGGACACGAGCGAAAUCCCAGAAGCUGUGCACACUCGCAAUGGACACGUCAGCAGCGGGGAAGGAGAUUGCACCGAUACCUCUGUGGAUGAGCUACAGAAUGGAAAAUCUCCUCCUGGAAUUCUGAAUGGAGAGAGUGGAGAAAAUGGAAACAAUGGUGAGGUCAAACCGGUGGAGGACACGGGUGAUCAGAGGUUAGAGCCUGCUGCAGAGGAAGAUGCGGAGAAAGGGAUGAAGCGUAUGACCAGAGGCUUGAAGUCGCAGGCUCAGAAGCUGCUUGAUGUGAACACUGCCAUGAAGAUACUGGAGCAGAAGAGCCAGCCUCUCAUUGUGGAUCACAACAAGCUAAAGAAUCUUCUGCACAACGUGGUGGACAAGACCGAGGGUUACGAGGUUGACCGUUUGGAGAAGCUUUAUGCUCGUUUGUGCCAGAGUAUCUACAGACACAGGAAAAAUCACGACAAGACUGCACUCGUACAGGAGAUGACCAAGGAAGUAGAGGAGUUUUCAUAGUUUGCCUAAACAGUACAACUAAUAUUCCUUCAUAGUACUAAAUUAUAUUUUACUACAAUGAUUUAAAAUCCUGAGUGAUGUAUAUUUCUUAUAUAUUCCUGCUCUAUUAAAAAAUUUUCAGCA